AUGAUUUCCCUUUACUUUCUUUUCCUUUUUCCUUUUCUUUCGUUGUUUUCCUUUUUCUUUUUUCUUUUCUUUUUUUCCUUUUUCUUUUCUUUUUCCCUUUUCUGUCUUUCUUUUUCCAUUUUCUUUCAUUUUUUGCUUUUCUUUCUUUUUUCCUUUCCCUUUUCUUUCUUUUUGUCUUUUACUUUCUUUUUUCGAUUAAAGCGUUUCCCCCCCCCCCCGGAUCUCUGUAUGUUUUUCUUCGGAUCACGUCCUGUGACUAAAGUUUUUUUUUUUCUUUUCCCGGAUCAAAUUGUUUUCCCCGGGCCUCUGUCAAGAAUCAAAAUGUCUUUCCCCAUAUCUCUUCCUAGGAUCAAAUUCUUUCCUCUGGGACUUUGUCCAGAAUCAAAGUGCCUCUGUCCAGAAUCAAAGUGUCUUUCCCCAGAUAUCAUCCUAGGAUUAAAUUCUUUACCCAGGAACCCAGAAUCACUUUCACUUGUUCUCUUCCUAGGAUCAAAUUGUUUUCCCCAGGCCUCUGUCCAGAAUCAAAGUCCUCUGUCUAAGAUGAACGUGUCUUUCCCCGGAUCUAUUUCUUCUCCCCGGAUCUCGAAUCAGUGUCUUUCUCCGGAUCUCUUCCUAGGAUCAAAUUGUUUUCCCCGGGCCUCUAGCUGUCUUUUCCCGUAUCGCUUCCUACGAUUAAAGUGUUUUCUCCCGUAUCUCUUCCUAGCAUUAAAUUAUUUUCUCUCAUAUCUCUUACUAGUGUGGAAUCGUGCAUAG